CGUUACAUUUCACCGCCUCGCCUUCGACUUUUGGGGGAAUUUUAUGAUCUAUAAAGUGAAGAUUCGUUCAUGCAGAGAUCCUUUCCUAGUUCUCUACAGAUCUUGAGCUUGGCUUCGUUAAUCGAGAAAUUGAGUAGUCUCGAAAGAAAUUAUAAAAUUUAACGGCAUGUAAUGUGUGAAAGUAUUUGCUGCUUCAGCUUUUGGUUGGGCGUUAGCUUGGGUUUUGACUGAUAUGGAUGAUAAACCAGGAUUUAGGUUACCCUUAUUGAUAAUCCAGUGUUAUUUUUGGAGAUUGUGUAUGUUUGAAGGGACUUGAGUUUUAAAAUACCGGGGAAGGAACUUGGGAUCUUCUUUUCUGCUAUCAGUGGGAGAGGUGAUUUUGGCCCAGUUGUUUCCACGAAAACAUGUUUUGGAGGAACCGUGGAAGGGAAAAUAAAGUGACUAAUGGCGGCCCUCCUUGUGGGCAGGUUCGAGUGCUUAUCGUUGGAGAUUCAGGUGUGGGGAAAACUUCACUUGUUCAUCUAAUUGUAAAAGGUUCCUCCAUCAGUCGCCCUCCUCAAACAAUUGGAUGUUCAGUUGGUGUGAAGCAUACCACUUAUGGAAGUCCCAGUAGCUCUUCUAAUAGCAUUAAAGGUGAUGCGGAGAGCGAUUUCUUUGUUGAACUUUGGGAUAUCUCAGGACAUGAGCGAUACAAGGACUGCCGCUCACUUUUCUAUUCACAAAUCAAUGGUGUUAUUUUUGUUUAUGAUCUCUCCCAAAGAAGGACAAAAACAAGCUUGCAGAAGUGGGCAGCAGAGAUAGCAACAACUGGAACGUUCUCUGCUCCUCUAGGAUCUGGUGGGCCUGGUGGCCUUCCUGUCCCAUACAUUGUUGUUGGUAACAAAGCUGAUGUUGCUGCAAAGGAAGGAAUUAGAGGAAGCAGUGGCAAUCUUGUUGAUGUUGCUCGCCAGUGGGUUGAAAAGCAGGGUUUCCUUCCAUCAAGUGAGGAACUUCCUCUGACAGAAAACUUUCCUGGCAGUGGGAACCUUUUUUCUGCUGCCAAAGAAGCAAGAUAUGACAAGGAAGCCCUGAUGAGGUUUUUCCGUAUGUUGAUCAGGAGAAGAUAUUUUUCGGAUGAAUUAUCUACAUCAAGUCCAUGGUCUACUAUACCAGUUCAGAGACCCUACCAUUUCUCAGGAGGAAUUUCGAGUGAUGAUGAUCAAUUCAAACAGAAUCUAAGUUUCAGUGGUGACCAUUACAAAUACAAUGCGCUCCCUCCCCUUCCGGCUCAACGCAACCUCACUCCACCUCCCACACUUAAUCCUCAACAGCCAGUGUCUGUGACCGAGAAUUACAGCCUCCCAAGAUCUAUGCUAAAUGGCUCCCCAGAAAUUGGCAAAACCAGAUCAAAGCGUAUGGAUAUUAAUGUUUGAUUUCUCUGUUCUUUCUGAAGGAUGCACUCUGAAACAUGAGAUUUCAAGUGAAGCUUAUCUGGCAACAUUGGGAGGAAACAGAUGUGAAAUAUAGUGUGUGGGUUUAAUUCUUCUCUUCUGCCUUAUGCUUGUAACUUUCCACAUAUCUUUGUUAAUUCUUUUUACUGUUCCUUUUUUU